ACACACUAACAGUGAAUCACUUUUCAAAGAGUAUAAAACCACUUCGUAUUUUUUGCUCGAUAUAUUUUUUGCUGCACCAAGUUUACCUACUACAUAGCUUAUUAGAGGAUCAAAGUAUUCUUAUUAAAAAAUAUUUAUUUACAGUAUUCCUACGGCCUAUCCUCGUGAAAAAUGACUGAAACAGACAGUACGAAACGUCCACUAAAAAUGCCUGAGAGGUUUCUUCCACAACUAGAGAAAUAUCGAGUUUACCAAAUGAUGAAGGAUAUGGUCAGGGAUAUUAUCAUACAUCUACCAAAGGACCAUCUAAAGCAAAUGAAAAUAUUUGCGACUCGCCACAUGCAUACCUCUGAGGCGUCACGAAUCAUAAUGUUGAUUGAACCAGGACUCGAAUUAGAUGUUGUAACGAUGGCAAAGCAGAUGAUAAAAGAUUUCGGUUGCUUCGUAAUAACACGUCGCUGUGUGAUGGAUCGAUAUGAAAAACAUGACGAGUACGUGCCUGGAUGUGUUUGCCCAACUUUGAUGUCCGAAGUUACGAAAUCUCUAACCCAGAAGGAACCAGUGCCCCAAGCUGGAUGGCUCAUGUUUGAUCACCCAUGCACGGUGCGCGAAGCUCGCUGCCUGCAGCAGGAUGGCGUGCUGCCCACGGUGACCCUGGUGCUGAUGAGAACGCCAGGUCCUGCAACGCAGGCUGUCUCGAACCACACAGAACGCAGGAAUUUCUUCCAGCAGGACUUUGAGGGGCUCAAAUUUGUUUACAAAGCCACGUUGAAGGAAGUGCAUCUGGAUCCCGAAGAUGACACAGAACUUCUGACCAUGAAGUGCUUCAAUGCCGUACGCGCGCACAACGCGGGACACCAGGGUCCGAAGCAAGGCAUGUACGCUAUCGGCGCCCCAGGGGUCUUCCGGGUGCUGCUCAUCGGGCCCCGCGGGUCAGGCCGGAGCUCGCAGGCUAAGGCGCUUGCUAAGCAUUUCGGAUUGGUCUUCUUGCACUAUGACGCGGUCUUCGACGAGGCCGCAGUAAAGGACGAUGAAGUCGGUCAGAAAAUUCGUAAGUUUGGGACGAACAUGUCCAUAAGAUCAGAGGUUAUCAGGAAGCGACUGCUGCAGAAGGAUUGCUUAGACCACGGCUGGGUGAUGACCGGCUACCCAACUAACGGAAACGACUUCGAAAAUCUCGAAUCAAUGCCAACUCCGCCCAAUCGUGUGAUAUUCAUAAACUCGAACUUGGAAACUUGCCGCAAGCGAACUCAAGAUCAGGGCUACGAUUGGUGCACGGGCAAGACGGUGCCCAUGGGCUCCGGCCCGAGGGUCAUCCGCCAUCCUGACCACGAUGAACUUCGCAGAGAAUAUGAGAUACUGUGCAAACGAAGGUCCAGGCGGCUGUGAUGUCAACUCCGCACUGUGACAUCGAAUUUUGCACUGCCCUGCGCAAUGUAUGCGCAGACUAAUUUACUUCUCAUUUUAUUAUAAUUUGCUUUACAAUGGUUAUUUAGAAAUAAAAGAUGUUGUCGUUAGAAAAA